UUAAUUAUUUCAAUGACAUACCAUUUGGAUGUUUUAAUGUCUGGGAAAAAAUGGGAUUAAACGGGCUAAGAUAGGCUACCGCUCCAUAUGUAGCCUAUAACGUUAUGGGAAAGAGAAAAAUGUGCGUAAAACGCCAUUAAAUGCAGCUCAUAUUCUUCACAGUCUGCUUUAUCACUGUAGAUAGGUUGUAGAAAGGGCUCGCCUACUUGCCCCGCCCCAUCUGCAGUCUCAUUGGUCCCCGCCGAGCAUAUAAACCACUUACUGUAUUGAUCAGGUCAGGGUAAGCAAAUCCGAGGAGGAUGUCCACAUCACGCCAUCAUCACUCCCACGCUGCAGAAGCCGGCGGUAGUGAUCGGGAACGUGGCCCCACUUCAGUCCGUUAAAUUGUAGUUACAGCGUUAUUAUCAAGUGGAGCAUCUGAAAACGUCAUCAUUAUCUCUGUAUCUCAUACGCUCACCGCAUCAGGAAGAGAGUUAGGCCACACAUCUAGUCCAACCUGAUAUAAACUAGAAUCGUUUAUAUCUAAGUGAAGUGGUUCAUUUUGCCGAAAUGGUGGCAGGUGAGUUACUUCAGGAGCAGCAUGUUCUGCCCGACAGCACACCUGACGGUGGUGGCACUGAAGGAAAUACAGAGGAGGAGAGCGGCUACAAGGAGCUUUCCAAUGGAUCGGUCCAUAUAACGCUGGAUCCGAAGACGCUGGAACAGGAGCUUCCACCUCCGGACGAAAAAGAGGCGAUGCUGCCCGGCGAACAGAAUAACGAAGCCCUGGAGACGAGACUCUACUGGAGGCGGUUUGCUGUUCUCGCCGUGUUCAGCCUCUAUUCGCUCGUCAACGCCUUUCAGUGGAUCCAGUACAGCAUCAUUACCAACAUCUUCAUGGACUAUUAUAAUGUAUCAAGCAUCGCUAUUGACUGGCUCUCCGUGGUCUAUAUGGUCGCAUAUGUGCCUUUAAUCUUCCCUGCGACGUGGCUGUUGGAUAAGAAGGGUCUGAGGAUGACGGCGUUGUUAGGGGCCGGGCUGAAUGCCCUGGGCGCGUGGGUAAAGUGCGCCAGCGUGGGCCCCGGCCUGUUCUGGGUCACUAUGAGCGCCCAGAUCAUAUGCUCUGUGGCUCAGGUGUUCAUCCUCGGCCUCCCCUCCAGAAUCGCGUCGGUUUGGUUCGGCCCGAGAGAAGUUUCCACGGCCUGUGCCACAGCGGUGUUGGGCAACCAGCUUGGUGUAGCCAUUGGUUUCCUGCUCCCACCUGUACUGGUUCCCAACACAGCCGACGACAAAGACCUCAUGGGCCACAACAUCAGCAUAAUGUUCUAUGGAACAGCUGGAGUUUCAACUCUGCUGUUCCUUCUAACAAUAUUUGUCAUUAAGGACAGACCUCCACUCCCACCCAGCAAAGCACAAGCUGUUCUCUCCACCGGUCCAGCUGAAGACUAUUCAUACAAGAAAUCAAUCAUCAACCUUUUCAAGAACAAGCCCUUCAUUCUGCUCCUCAUCAGCUAUGGCAUCAUGACCGGAUCAUUUUACUCUGUAUCUACACUUCUCAAUCAAAUGAUAAUUACUCAUUAUCCGGGUGAAGAGCUAAACACAGGGAGAAUCGGCUUGACUUUGGUGGUGGCUGGAAUGUUUGGCUCCAUACUGUGUGGAAUCUGGUUGGAUCGUACUAAAACCUAUAAAUUGACUACAUUGAUCGUCUACGUCCUGUCCUUCAUUGGAAUGGUGGUGUUCACAUUCACGCUGAACUUGGGAAAUCUGCUUGUUAUCUUUUUUACUGCUGGUGUCCUAGGGUUUUUUAUGACUGGUUACCUUCCCAUUGGCUUUGAAUUUGGCGUCGAGAUCACUUACCCUGAGUCGGAGGGCACAUCAUCUGGUCUUCUUAAUGCAUUUGCACAGGUGUUCGGCAUCAUUUUUACUCUCAUCCAAGGGCAGCUUACCACAGACUAUGGCCCACUCAGCGGAAACAUCUUCUUGUGUGCUUGGAUCCUCCUUGGCAUUGUUCUAACAGCUCUUAUUAAAUCAGACCUCAAAAGACAUGGUGUCAAUGUGAGCAGUAUAAACAAAGGACAAGCAGUUCCCACUGAGCUGCCUUCUGAAAAUCUGUCCGGUGAUGUCAAGCUGGAGUCUUCUAGCUUACCUCAUCAGACUUCAAUUUAAGUCUUAAACAUCUCCAACAGCACAUUACAACCGAUCACAGACUCUCCUGAGAUGACUUGAAAUCUCCUUAUUUUGCUGUAAUGUUGAUGUUAUAAAGAACUUUCAUUGAAAACAGACAGUGAUAGUUCUUCACAAACAUGCUGUGAAUGAAUUUCUCCAAAUCUAGGCUAAAAUGUGGACACACAAUCGGUCUCAAAAUUACACAUGCAUGAUACUUUCUAUCUGUUUCAAGAAUCGCGGACCAAAUAUUAGGUAUUUAACCGGGCUUGUAAUGGCCAUGUGCACAAUCCUGUUAGUGUGUCUGGAACAGCAUGUUUGUUUGCUUCGUCUCAAAGCACCUUUCUGAUUGUGUGCUACUGUGAAGUAAUGACGUUUAUUUCUCACAUCUGCUGUUGCAUUGCAGAAGAUCUACAUGAAAUAGUUCGACAAAAAUUCCCAUUUUAUUUAUUGAGGAUGACGAAGAUUGCCCAUGCGUUAAAUGAAAAGUGUUCUAUAAACCGAAAAGGCCUAUUAUGUCAAAUAUAGUGCAUGGGUAAACAUAAGUGAGUGCUGUUCACUCACCAUGAUGAGACUGACAUCAUUUCAAGUGCUUAUGGGGUCAUUGCGAGGCAUUGCUUUUUUGACCUGAAAAACAUACUUGUUUAGACUUUUCUGGAGAGCACAAGUCAAUCUGACAUCAUUUGUAUCGCAUUAAGAAUGUGUUUCAUUCAAAAAGGAAUGUGAUCCAUUUACAAAGGUGUGUCACUGACAGGCCUACUGAGGUUUUAUGAAAAUGUCAUACCUCAGAUGUGUGGUAGAAAGAAGCACUAUUAUUUUAUAAGCCUAGGUUUGCCUUUAACUAAUUUUUGUAUUUUAGAUGCAUAUUUGUUGGAAAGAUUGCUUUUUAAGAAUUGUUUUUGUAUUUAUUAAUUUUUGUUUCAAUUUCUACUGUUUCUACUGUACUUAGGAAUAUUUGUCGGUUAAUGAAGGCAGCUGUGUAAACUCGGGUUUGACAUGAUUGGCACAAAGGAUGCUGGGAAAUUCACUGUGGAGUAAAACUCUGUGCAAGAACUCAUUAGUAUUACACUCUGAACACUGGAGGAGUGGAAUUGUCUCAUGUUUCCAUUAUUGCUGUUGUAAAAUAGUAAAAAUCAAAUUGCUAAAAUUAAAUUAUGCAUUUUGUUGAUUAAAAAAAAUACUGAUCCAA